CCUCCGGCCGCUGGGGGCGCUGCGCGUCAUUAAUCCCAUCGAGUCCUUCCGGGUCGUCGUGCUGAACCCGGACUUCCGGUCGACACGCGUGUGGUAACAAACUUUGCCACCAAAACACACCGACACGUUUCGUCUCGCUCACCCGGGAAAGGAGAUCGAAGUUCGGCCGAAGCUUCGGACGGUAACUGAGAGUAGCUGCCGCCAUGGCUCCGCCGCGCUCUAAGAAGCGGCGCCCGUCGUUCCGCCGUCUGCUGAAGACGAGCGGCGUGAAGCUGGAGAACAAGUCGAGGAACCGGCAGCUGAAGCAGACGCACGGCGCCCGGCAGCAGAGGAAGGAGACGAGGAAGCUGCGGCAGGCGGUGAAGGAGACGGUCAUUAGGACCGCACGGCCGCUGGAGACCUACCGCAAGAGCCCCGAGGAGGAGCAGCAGGAGGAGGAGUUCCUGGACUCUCUGCCCACUGACAUGCUGGAGGAGGACGACCUGCAGAGGAUGAGGGAGCUGGCAGGCCACGCCUCCUUCAUCACCAGGGACCUGUCGUCAGGCGCUCCGGUGCUCGGGGGGAAGAAGAGGAGCAACGCGGAGGUGAUGAGGGGCCACGAGAAGGUUCCCCGCAAGCUGGCGAGGAUGGAGGAGAAGGAGGUGAUCCACCUCCUGCCCAUCAAGGACCGGCGGGGGGUGGUGCCCCGCAGCGUGGAGAGAGUCGUCCCAGAGCAGGAGGACCAGGAGGAGGAGGAGGAGGAGCCUGAAGAGGAGGCGCUAGACAACGACCAAGAGGACUGUGAGGAGCUGACGGCAGAGCAGCAGGAGGAGCUCCGGGGCCACAAGAUCAGCGAGAGGAAGACCUGCAUCGCCCGCCUGGGGGCCGCCGUGGUGUCAGACCCCCACAGCAACGUCAAGAGGAUCAAGGAGCUGCGGGGCAUGCUCAUGGAGGCCGACCCCUCGGUGGCCGUGACGGUCAGGAAGCUGGUGCUGGUCUCACUGAUGGAGAUCUUUAAAGAUGUGGCCCCCACCUUCAGGAUCCGGCCCCUGACCCCAGAGGAGAAGGCCACCAAGGUGAAGAAGGAGACUCAGCAGCUCAGAGACUUUGAGGAGGGUUUGGUGAGUCAGUACAAGUUCUACCUGGAGGACCUGGAGCAGACCAUCAGAGACUGGAAGCAGACGAAGAAGAAGCGCAGCCAGGCCGUGGGCUUUGGGUCCUACCUGGGCCUCGCGCAGGUGGCCGUGCGCUGCCUGUGUGAGCUGCUGCUCGCUCUUCCUCACUUCAACUUCCACAACAACAUCAUCGUCAUCCUCGUCCCCCUCAUGAACGACUCCGUUGCUGGGUGA